GCCUUCGUUGCCUUCAUCUCUGCGUUCGAUUCGGUACCGAACAAAGCUAUCAGCUCUCGCUGGCGCUACGAUCUGCUCAAGCUCGAUGCAGUGAACUUCCACUCAGUGAUACGCCUUCGGCAACGGCAUCUAGAUCGCGUCGGGCCGCGCUUUACCGCAUACUUCCAACGGCUCUUCCCCGUGGUGCUGUUCAUUUUCGCAUUAUUCAGCGUGGCUUUGAGUACGAUGCAAGUCGUCUCUAGUGCCAGACAA